AUGGCUCUGUCUUCAGCAUCUGACGAUCUGGCUGCACAGUCGGAUACCGAUCACACGAUGGGCAACAUUCACAAUCACGAUCACAUUGGAGACAAUGAGAAACCUCUCCAUUUCCCUGAAGAGGACCAUCUCAAAGUCUCGUCAUCAAUGGAACAGAUGAUUAAGGAUGCGAAAGCAUCAACGGAAAAGGAGCAUAACAUGUCACUGCUUCAGGGAAUCAGACUGUAUCCUAAAGCUAUCGGAUGGUCUCUUUUGAUCUCGACAUGUAUUGCUAUGGAGGGAUACGACGUGUGUUUACUGAGUAACUUUUAUGCAUUUCCUCAAUUCAAUGAAAAAUACGGCGAACAAUUACCUGAUGGCACAUGGCAGGUGCCAGCUAAAUGGCAAGCAGGUUUAAGUAAUGGUGCAAAUGUUGGUGAAAUUAUUGGUCUAUUUAUCAAUGGUUGGGUUUCUGAAAAAUUUGGAUACCGAUACACGGUCAUGACUUGUUUGAGUUUAAUUAUUGCGUUUACGGCAAUCUUUUUCACUGCUCAAGACGUCAUUGCGCUAGAAGUUGCUGAAGUUCUAUGCGGUAUUCCAUGGGGAGUUUUCCAAACACUCACUAUCACUUAUGCAUCAGAAGUCUGUCCUCUUGGACUUCGUGGAUACCUCACUACUUAUGUUAAUUUCUGUUGGGGAUUGGGCCAAGUCAUUGGUAUUGGCGUUAUCAAAUCUAUGUUACCACGGACUGAUGAGUGGGCUUAUAAAAUUCCUUAUAGUCUCCAAUGGAUGUGGCCAGUUCCACUCCUAGUUGGUAUCGCCCUCGCCCCAGAAUCUCCAUGGUGGCUUGUUCGAAAAGGAAGGGUUGCAGAAGCUAAGAAAUCACUUCUUCGAUUGACCAGUCUAAACAAGGAAACAAACUUCGAUGCUGACGAGACUAUUGCAAUGAUGGUUCAUACUACGGCAAUUGAGGAGAAAAUCACGAAAGGAGCAAGCUAUAUGGAUUGUUUCAGGGGUGUAGACAGACGUAGAACUGAGAUUGUCUGCAUGGUAUGGGCGAUGCAAAACCUUAGUGGAAAUUCUUUUUCGGGCUACUCCACUUAUUUCUUGCAACAGGCCGGACUACCUACCUCCACAUCCUAUGACUUUGCUCUAGGUCAAUAUGGUAUUAACAUGGCCGGCGUUUUUGGAGCCUGGUUCCUCAUGAGCUUGGGAAUUGGUCGAAGAUCUCUCUACCUUUAUGGUCUUUGUAUAUUGUGUAGUAUGCUUUUUAUUCUCGGAUUCCUAGGUCUCGUCCCAGCUGCACAUAAAACCGAGGCAUCGCUUACUACUGGCUCUAUUAUGUUGGUAUGGGCGUUGGCAUACCAGCUUACCGUCGGCACGGUUUGCUAUUCUUUGGUCUCUGAGUUGUCUACAAGAAGACUUCAAAUCAAAACUGUGGUUUUGGGCAGAAAUUUGUAUAAUAUUGUGGGUAUUGUCUGCAGUGUUAUUACGCCAUAUAUGCUCAAUCCCGGUGCUUGGAAUUGGAAAAAUUAUGCAGGAUUCUUCUGGGGCGGGAUCUGUUUUCUUUGCAUCAUAUAUACCUAUUUUCGUCUUCCUGAACCUCAAGGCCGCUCAUUCGCUGAACUCGAUCUACUGUUUGAGAGAGGCAUUAGUGCGAGAAAAUUUGCAACCACUAAAGUGGAUGUUUUUGAUGAUGAUGUGAGUGUGGAGAGUACGAGUGCUGCGGUAAAGAAUUACGAUGAGAAGAAUGCUGCUGGCGCCAGGGCGCAGGAUAUUGGAGCUUCUUCGUAA